AUGAAGUCUUCAGGAGCUCACGGUAAUGUUGUGGGCGAUGCUAGUGCAUUAGAGAAUGAGGAUGAAAAUAAAUAUUUGGAUCAGGUUAGACACAUUUUGAUGAAUGGCGAAAGAAUCGAUGAUCUCAGUGGACAAUUCCAGUGUUUGGAAUGCAUUCUGUUUAUUCGCUUCGAAAUGGUAAGAAAUUUUUAUACUAAGACCAAGUAUAUCAUUGCUAUGAAAAGAUUUGUAUAA